CAACCGGCGCGGUCCCGCCGGCGGCGGCUAGGCCAAUGCUCGCCCGGCGGCCGCGGGACCCGCUGCAGGCGCUGAGGCGCCGCGGGCAGGAGCUGAAGCUGCAGGUUGAUAGUUUGGUUACUGAAAGCCAACUAACAGGUGCUCUGGAACCAAGUAAAAGGAGAGAUAUUUACCAAAGAUGUAUCCAGUUAAAACAGGCAGUAGAUGAAAAUAAAAACGCUCUUCAAAAAUUAAACAAAGCUGACGAAGCUGCACCUGUGGGGAACUAUGAGCAGAGGAAGGAGGAGGAGCACACACUUCUGGAGAAGCUAGCCUGCCAGCUGCAGGAGCUUGCUGUGGGCAUCAGCAGGAAAGACACUCUCAAAGUUGAGGCACACAGUGACAAGGAAGAAGAUGACACCACUGAGGAUGAUGAAGAAGAAACUGAAGAAACUGGUGGAGAGGAAGAAGAGUCAGAAGGGGACGAGGAAGGAAAGCAGGAGCAAGCCUCCCCAGAACAUGCAGAAACUGUCACAUACAUUGCUCUUGGGGACUUCGCUGCUCAGCAGGCUGGCGACCUGACCUUUAAGAAAGGAGACAUUCUCCAUAUAAUUGAGAAAAGGCCUGAUGGUUGGUGGCUGGCUAAAGAUGCUGAAGGAGGUGAAGGUCUCAUUCCCAGGACCUACUUGGAGCCCUAUAAUAAAGAAGACAAGCUGGAAUCAAGCGAAGGCAGUGAGGAGGGUGACGAGGAGGGUGUCGGUGAGGACGGUGAGGAUGGUGAGGACGGUGAGGAUGGUGAGGAGGACGUGGAGGUGGUGGAUGAAACUGCAGACGGAGCCCAAGUGAAACAGAGAACUGAUUCCCACUGGAGUGCGGUUAGAAAAGCUAUCUCAGAGCAGAUAAACACAGUUGAUGUGUUAGCCACAAUGGGAGCCAUUCCUGCAGGGUUCCGGCCUUCCACACUCUCCCAGCUGCUGGAUGAAGCAGGGGGCCGCUUUCGAGCAAGCUACUUCUUGCAGCCGGAGCUCACGACAUCACAGCUGGCCUUCAGGGAUCUAACGUGGGAUGCCAAGACAGGCACGAUCAUGUCAAGACCAAGUCGUGUUUCAUUGAUUCUGACCCUAUGGAGCUGUAAAAUGAUUCCUCUCCCAGGAACAAGCAUACAGGUCCUCAGCAGACACAUCCGCCUCUGCCUGUUUGACGGCAGCAAGGUCCUGAGUAAUAUUCAUACAGUCCGUGCCGUGUGGCAGCCUAAAAAGCCAAAAACAUGGACCUUUUCUCCUCAGGUCACUGGCAUCUUGCCAUGCUUGCUCGAUGGUGACUGUUUUAUCAGGUCCAAUUCUUCAACUCCAGACCUCGGGAUAUUAUUUGAACUUGGAAUUUCUUAUAUUCGCAAUUCGACUGGUGAGAGAGGAGAGUUAAGCUGUGGCUGGGUGUUUCUUAAGCUUUUCGAUGCCAGUGGAGUUCCUAUUCCAGCAAAAACAUACGAACUCUUCCUGAAUGGCGGCACUCCUUAUGAAAAAGGUGUUGAAGUAGACCCUUCAGUGUCCAGAAGAGCACAGGGCAGUGUUUUCCGUCAGAUGAUAAGUGUGCGGAGGCAACCUCAACUUCUGGUGAAACUUCGGUCUCUGAACAGGAGGUCAAGGGCCAUGCUCAGUCUGCUGCCAGAAACCUUGGUGGGGAGUAUGUGCUCCGCUCACUUGCUGAUAUUUUACCGACAAAUUCUUGGAGAUGUGCUCCUGAGAGACAGGACAAGCCUGCAAAGUGCUGAUUUAAUUAGUCACCCCGUGCUGGCCACCUUCCCUCUGCUCCUGGAGCAGCCCGAUGUGAUGGAUGCUCUCAGGAGUUCCUGGGCUGAGAAAGAAAGCACACUAAAGCGAUCGGAGAAGAGAGACAAAGAGCUCCUAAAGGCCGAGUUCCUCCUGGUCUACCAUGACUGCGUGCUCCCUCUUCUGCAUUCCACAUUGCUGCCCCCCUUUAGGUGGGCCGAGGAAGAGACAGAGGCUGCUAGAUGGAAAGCCAUCGCUGACUUCCUCAAGCAAAGCCGAGAGAACGAGGGUUCCCUGAAGGCUCUUCUGUCACCAGAUGGAGUUCACAAACCAUUUGACCUUUCAGAGCAGACCUAUGACUUCUUGGGUGAAAUAAGAAAGAACUCAGGCUAAUGAUGGCCAUGGCUCCCGAUUCCCACUGGACCCAGUGAGUUCCCCAGGAUGACUUGGCUCAAACAACAGAACCAAAAGAAACAGACUGGUUAGAACUUAGGUCAUAUUCUUUUGUGUGCAAAUAAUAUUUUCAAAAAACUAUCUAAUAAUUUGAUGCAUGUAAAACAAUAAAAUAAAUUUUAUAAGGAA